AUGGGCAACAUCUGCCGGAGGCUCUGGGGGUACUUGAAGCCCUGUCUCCCCUGCUUCUUCCGGGAGACAGACAAACAGGUGGCGCCUGAGAACACAGAGAGCCCCUGCCCCGCUGAGGCUCCCUGGCCGCAGGGCUCCUACUUUGUGGCCCUGUUUGACUACCAGGCUCGGACUGAGGAGGACCUGAGCUUCCAUGCGGGCGACAAGCUCCAAGUCCUGGACACUUCCCAUGAGGGCUGGUGGUUCGCCAGGCUCUUGGAGAGAAGGGGGGCCAGCUCGGGCCAGCAGCUGGAGGGCUAUAUUCCUUCUAACUAUGUGGCCGAGGACAGGAGCCUGCAGGCAGAGCCGUGGUUCUUUGGAGCAAUCAAGAGAGCGGAUGCAGAAAAUCAACUGUUAUACUCAGGAAAUCAGACGGGUGCCUUUCUAAUCAGAGAAAGUGAAAGCGAGAAAGGAGGCUUCGCCCUUUCAGUUUUAGUUGAAAGGGUCGUGAAACACUACAAAAUCAGAAGACUGGAUGAAGGGGGCUUUUGCCUUACUCGGAUAAGAACCUUUACCACGCUGAAUGAAUUCGUGAGACACUACACCAAGACAAGCGAUGGCCUGUGUGUCAAGCUGGGGAAACCAUGCUUAAAGAUACAAGUGCCAGCUCCUUUUGAUUUGUCAUAUAAAACUGUGGACCAGUGGGAGAUAGACCGCAAGUCUGUGCAACUUCUGAAGCGAUUAGGAUCCGGUCAGUUUGGCGAAGUGUGGGAAGGCCUCUGGAACAAUACUACUCCAGUAGCAGUAAAAACGUUAAAACCAGGUUCAAUGGAUCCAAAUGACUUCCUGAGGGAGGCUCAGAUAAUGAAGAACCUAAGACAUCCAAAGCUUAUCCAGCUUUAUGCUGUUUGCACUUUAGAAGAUCCAAUUUAUAUUAUUACAGAGUUGAUGAGACAUGGAAGUCUGCUAGAAUAUCUCCGAAAUGAUGGUGGAUCAAAAAUCAAUCUGACUCAACAGGUCGACAUGGCAACACAAGUUGCCUCUGGAAUGGCCUAUCUGGAGUCCCAGAACUACAUCCAUAGAGACCUGGCUGCCAGAAAUGUCCUUGUGGGUGAACAUAAUAUCUACAAAGUGGCAGAUUUUGGACUUGCAAGAGUUUUUAAGGUAGAUAAUGAAGACAUUUAUGAAGCUACACAUGAUAUGAAGCUGCCAGUGAAGUGGACUGCACCUGAAGCCAUUCGUAAUAGGUUCAGCAUUAAGUCCGAUGUGUGGUCAUUCGGAAUCCUUCUUUUUGAAAUCAUUACUUAUGGCCAAACACCUUAUAGUGGAAUGACAGGUGCUCAGGUAAUCCAGAGGUUGCUUCAUAACUAUAGACUCCCUCAACCAUCUAACUGUCCACUGUCAUUAUACAUGAUCAUGUUGGAGUGCUGGGAUGCAGAGCCUAGGAACCGGCCAACAUUUGAGGAACUGUAUUUGAAACUUGAGGACUAUUUUGAAGAAGGCUCCUGA